ACUAGGAAACCCAAAGCAAACCUUAUUUAUGUUUCACCACAUUAACAUUCACAACCCACCACAUUAACAUUCCAACAUGACGAGAAGAGACAAACCUCCUCCGCCUCCUCAGCCUUCUAGCUCCCGAAAGCGCAGCGAAAGAAGAGCUGGUAGAAGAAGACAUGUUGUUGCUGGUGACGCCGACAACUCUGAACAACUGCCUCGGCCGUCGGCACCGAAGACAAUUUACAGUUACUUAGAAGGGCUGUACGAGAGAAGAGGAUCCGACCGGGAGGAGGCACUCGCUUCAAUAAUUGGGGUGUUAAAUAGCAGAUUAGAACAUGACUUCCUAGAAAAGAAUUUCGCAAGUUUUCUAUACAGGGGCUUGAAUUCCUUCAAAAAGGGUUCCUCCAAGGAGAAGCAGCUAUCACUUCAUCUCGUAGGGUUGCUUGCCAUGAUCAUUGGCUAUGAGGAUAAAGUGUCUGAAGUGUACAGGGAGUUGCUUCCGGUACUUUCUAAAGCUCCGAAAUCUGGAACCACGGCAGUGAAGGUAUUAGAUUGUUUGGGCAUUGUGGCUUUUUUUGGUGCAACCAACUCAGAGGAUAUUCAAAAUGCAAUGCAAAUUAUAUGGAAGUUCAUUCAUGCUGAUCAAUCUGAUGCAAAUGAAGAAAAGCAUUCGGCGGCGGUCCUAGUUGCUGCAAUAAAUGCUUGGUUGUUUCUACUUACGAGCGUGGAAGGGUGGAGACUCAGACACAACAACUGGAAUGGAGCCGUUGAUUACUUCUCAACCCUGUUGUUAAAGCAUGAUGAUAAAUUAGUCCGUGUGGCUGCUAGUGAAGCACUAGCUUUGAUUUUCGAAACCGGUAGUUUGGAAAAGUUCUGGGGAGAAGGAAGGGAACGUAGCUAUUCACAUACGCAACAAUUACUGAGGGAUAGUAUGGUUGCAAACGACGUCCGCCAAGUUGUGAAAUAUUUUGAGAAUUUUCAAUGCCCGGGAACAUCAUUAACAGUCAAUGGAAAUGAUCUAAAGCUGUCAUCAUGGUAUCAGAAUAUCCAGUUACAGUUUUUGAAGGGUUUUUUGGCUGAAGGGUUCGAACUACAAGUGAAGGAAAAUGAAAAACUACAGAAUCUGUUCGAGUUCAAUCCACAUCGAAUUAUAAAUUCAGGUCGAGAAUUGUAUGUGUCCACCACUGAUAAAAUCAGUGUCUCUUUCUUUUUACCCGAAGAAAGAGACCCUGAAAAAUUAACAAAGGAAGAUCGAAAGAAACAAAAGAUUUGGAGAAACUCUGUUCUAAAGAAGGCACAGACACAAUUAAUGAGCAAACAUCGCCGUUUGUCUAAAGAAAUGAACCGCUCCGACUAUGAUUGACACUGAGAGUGAAUGCUAACACAUCUUAUUUUCAUUUUUUUUAUAGUUAAAAACUGUGACUUUAUAUAUUCAUUUUAUUAAUUAAUAAAGAUUACAACCAACGGGGUCUAGUCCAAUGUAAAAGAGUUUUGAUUUGAAAACUAGAGAUCUCAUGUUUGAAUUCCCACGGUAUUAUAGUUGUAUGUAUGAGAAAUCUCUCUCCUUCCCACGUUUAGACUAUCGCUUCUAUUAUAAAAAAUAAAAAAUUAAUAGAGAUGACAC